AUGGAGAACUGGCCACCUCGAGUUUCAAGGCAAGAAAGGACCCACAAGGUCUCAAGGGGUGGACCCACCAGGAAGAGCAGGUACGCCGUUGAUCAAGGUGGAGAUCUAAUUGAGUGUUCAAGCAAGCAUUGUCAAUCAUGCACUGCUGGGUUGAUAGCUGACUGCGUGGCCCUUUGUUGCUGCCCUUGUGCCUUGGUCAAUCUUUUUACUCUUGCUUUUGUUAAGGUUCCAUGGAUGAUAGGCAGGAGGUGUCUGGGGAGAGUAAACAGAAAGAAAAUGAAGAUGGAAAUUAAGAGAAAAUGCAAGAAGAACAGCGAAGGGGAAGGUAACAUUGUGGUGCAAAGAGAAAGAGAGCGUAAUUUGGUCAGAAAAGGAAUGAUAGAAGGGGCGAGUUUGGAAAUUGCAACGGGGUUUGGUGAGGAUGAGGGAAUGGCUAGCGUUAGUGCAAGGUUUGAGGCAGAGAGGCUUUGGUUAGAGUUGUACCAGAUUGGUCAUUUGGGUUUUGGUAGGGUUUCUUUCACUGAUAUUCAGUAUAAUGAUAGCUUAGGAAAGUGA